AUGGCAGGACAUACAGUGGUACAGAGGGCAUUGCCCAAUAUAGCGUCAGGAUCGUUUGCGCAAUCAGCAUCGAAGACCUCGAGUCAUACUUCCAAAACUUCAUAUUCUGCUGUAGUGACACCACCUUCUUCUGAUGGGAACCCAAACGUUUGGAGGGCAAAUCACUUACCAGAUGGAUUAAUUUAUAUCAUCGUUGGUGGGACUGCUGCUGCCAUAUUUGCAUUCAUAAUACUCUGGUAUGCUGUUGCAAGAUAUAUGUCCCGUAGAGUCGCUAAAAAGACGAUGUAUGAGACUAAUAUUCAAUGGAGAGAUACCCCCAGUAGUGGACUUUACGAUCAUGGCGAUGAAAAAGAAUUAUACCAGUCGUUAGUGGACCAUUCUGAUAAAAAUGAUGCAAGACCAAAGAAAUCUUUAAUUGGCCUUCUGGGUGGUGGUAACGGCCUUGGAUCUUCUACUUCUUACGACACUGUAGCAGAUGCAGAUAUGGAUGAUGAUCUAAUAGGAGGAGGAUAUCAAGAGAGGUUUAAUCCUGUGCAAGAUUUCGUACCGAGCCAUUUCCCACGGUCUUCAUUGUUUAUUUCACCAACGCUGGAGGUCGCUCAACAAAAUCAGCAAUCCAAGAGUGUGGGACGUACGAAUCAUUUCCAGAAUUUAUCGGUAACGUCAUUACCAUCAGCUUCUGAGAGUUCGAGUAACCUCUUGGACAGACCCGAAAGGACAGCAUCGCCUGAAAGAAAACCAAAGGCCUACGGCAGAUACCAUCAAAGAAAUAGGUCGUCGGUUGGAGUCUCGGAUCAUUCCCACUCCCGUUCUCACUCUCGUUCUAAAUCAGCCUCCAGUUUUGAAAUGCCAAAUGUUAAUAACAAUAACAAGAAACAUGGCACUACACCUUCAAGAUUCCUCAAUAAUUUACUGGAAGGUAACGACGACGGGACCACAUAG